UGUGCGCAUAUGUGAACUCGCCAUAAACACGCUAAUCAUGCCCAUCUUCUACUCGCCCGUUCCCGACGACAUUAGUACGGGUCUGGCCUAUGUAGGAACGUCGGUGUUGAGCGACCAUGUCCGCAGCGAGCGCUGUGACCUUUCACCUUCACGGGCAGUGGCCAACGAAGUGUCGUGCAACCUUCCUCUGCAGAUGUUGAUCUACUUCAACCUCUUCUACCUACCCUUGUGGUGUCUUUCCUCUGUCUGCAUGCUGGAAAUCAAGUUCGUGUACCUUCCAGGCUACUACCAGGGUCUCUUGAUCACCGGAAUCGUACUUGUCACCAUUCUGGAGCUUCUCCGACUUUACCUUGGCUACUUUGGAAACCUCGAGGAGAAUCCCAGCAAAGGGGCCAUCGUCACCCCCCCCCCAGAGAUCCAGGGCGGUCCCCCGGGCCACCCGCGCCCCCUUCAACUGGCCUUCAGGGAUGGGAAGAGGGGACGCACCACCAACCCCUAUGUCCACCCCGCCUGCCCAGUGGGCCCACGAGCCACAGCCGCAGCCCCCCAACCGGCACGGCACAUCGCGAGACCUCCAACGGCCCAUCAAGCCCAGGGCAGGGCAGAGCCACCCGCUGAAGCAGGCGACAUUCAGCCGGCACACUGGUGUCCAGCCACCGACCCGUGCCGGAGCACAGGGCGGAUACUCAGGCUGAGAAGAGAGGGGAAGGCAGAAGCAGAGGAAUGCCGAGGAGCCGCCGCGGGGCGACACGAGAUCAGCGCUCCGACCUCCUCCCACUCCUGUGGGCGGCAGCCCAGGGAGAGAGGAGGCUACGCCGCGGGAGCAACGGCAUAUAGAGGCCAGGCUGCCAGGCCCCCGUAGCCAUUACCCAGCACCGUGUUGGGAUUGUGUGGGUAGGGUAGUGUAGUGUUCUACCCAGCCACCCGUCCCACCGCCCCUGGGUGGAGCUCCCCCGUGGAAUAUGAUGUACUGUAUGUAGUGCGUUAAAAGAGGUGCGGGAAUGGCGGGGCCUGCCCUGAGGAGGCAACUGUGAUGUCACCAACAGGUCCCAUCCAUCCCACAACCUUGGUGUGUGAUGCAUUAAAACCAAGGCGGAGCCGGCCCGGGACUUUAUGGCCCCGUUCUGACUCUCCCUGGAAGCAUGAAUGAGUAUGUAGGUGCCAGGGUGAAAGAUAUUUACUUGAAGAGCGCGUGAACUAAAAGGUAGGCUCCUGCAGUUGUGGCCCCUAACCAACACCUGAUCCAGACAACCCCCAGCGCCCCCUUCAUACCCCACCCACCCCGGGCACCCACCCCGCACCCCGGACAGGUGCCACACCGCGCGCCGGAGACCAGGGGACAUCCACUCCACCGGCAGGCCCGACGGGCCCCAGGAGAACCUACUGCCGAAUCCGCCGACAGAAGGGCGGACAGGGCCGGAGACAGGCCAAGGGGACGAUAAAUACCUUAUUCUCCGAUGAGAUCAAUAUGGUGCCACGCGGCUGACAGCUUGUGUUUUCCCUGUGUUUGGUACAUUUUCCACAGCACGAAUACAACAAGGAAGGAACCGUGACACAAUAUAUAUAUAUUUUUUAAAUCUAAAAUGCUCCUAAAUCGGCAAAAUCUUGACUCAAAUGUAUCUUUAAAUGAUUAAACAGUUUUAAAACUUACACAUGUUGAAAGUAGACAGAAGGGAACUAAUGAAAUAACGGGAGCAAUUUUAACAACUUUAACGGUUGAUUCACAACUGUAAAUGACUUCCACACAUAGCAAAGGUUACUAUCUAGUUAUCGCAAUACCCUUGUGUCUAGUUAAGUGGAGGGUAAAGAAUUGGGCUAGGGCCAGUUGUCCCCAAAACCCUUUAAACUUCACAUUAUGCAACCUGUUUUUUUGUUUGUUUGUUUUUGUUUUUGUUGUUGUUUUUUGAGAAAAAAAAACCAUGAAAUUAUCACUAGUUACUUAGCCAAGUAACUAAUUACUCUUACAUUCAGGUAACUGAGUUACUAACGCAAUUACGUUUUAGGAAAAGUAAUUUGUAACUGCAAUUAAUUACUUUUUUAAAGUAAAAUUAACAACACUGUUGUCGACACAGCUCAAUUCGUCCGUGCAUCGGUCACGUGAUUUUCUCAAAGCGGUACGCGCACCGACACAGGGAUUGCUAAAUGAGUUCGGCGUGCGCGCCGGCCCAUUUGUGUUGCUGAACCCAUCACUAGUAAAUAGUAAAACAGUGAUGUAGGAGGGAGAAGCCUUUUUGUUGUACACCCUGUUGUUAGGAGGUAGUUUAGUGAAAUUUCUUUAAUUUGCCCUCUUUCUUUUUGUUGGGGAAGGUAAGGUUUUGUUAGACUGUUUUGUUUG